AUGCUUCCUCCAGCGCUCAACAUCCCAAAAUGGCUCGAAGAGAACUCUCAUCUCCUUCAACCACCAGUAAACAAUUACUGCGUCUACCACCCCUCAUUAGAGGCAACUGCCGGCUACACAGUAAUGAUAGUAGGCGGACCAAACGCCCGAACCGACUUCCACAUCAACACCACCCCAGAAUUCUUCUACCAAUAUCGAGGCUCAAUGCUUCUAAAGACAGUCGAUGUGACAACCACACCUCCAACAUUCCAAGACAUUCCUGUCCAUGAAGGCUCGAUCUUCUUACUACCUGCAAACACUCCACACUGCCCUGUGCGAUUCAAGGAUACUGUCGGUGUUGUGAUGGAGCAGCCCCGGGCACCGGGUGCUGUCGAUGCUAUGAGGUGGUAUUGUAGGAAUUGCAAGAGUAUUGUGUGGGAGAAGCAGUUUGUCUGUGUUGAUUUGGGGACUCAGGUCAAGGAUGUUGUUGAGGAAUUCGCAGGUGAUGAGGAGAAGAGGAAGUGUAAGGCUUGUGGGGAAAUUGCUGCUUCGAGGUAUGCGGAUGGAGAGAUUGUGCAGCCGUCAAAUGUAUAA